ACUAGUUUAUACCUUAACGAGACGUUUGACCCGACAAGAAGGAUAGGGAUAGAGAUGGCUUUAGGCUAGGCUGGGCCGGAUCAUAGUCCAAACCAUGGGCUUUAGGGUUGCAUAGGUUCAGCUCACGGCCCGAUCAAUCAUCAAUAGACUAGGUUGAGUCAGACUCAAAUAUUGAAAAGUAAGCCCAAGCACAACCCACUCCCAUGGGUCUCGAAGGUUGGGCUGGUUCAAGGGCCAAUCCAAAGGGUUGCCAAAUUAAAAAAUAAAAAAAAAAAUUAAAAAUUAAGUAAAAAAAUAAAAAAUUCCUAAUUUCGUGUUGUCUACUACGCUAAUUUAUCAGACCCAAUAACCAUUCAUAUUAGUUGUCACCAAAAAAUUUACAAGUACAAAACAGAAUACAAAAUAAAAACUUCAUUACCUAGAAACAUAAAUAAUUAUCACAGUAUACACUAGUAACCAAAGGGAAAUUGUGUAAUUGAAAAUAGUAGAAUGUUUACGAAAAGAAAAAAAUAUAAAAGACAAAAAGCAAGGGUAAGGUUGUGCUUUACUAGGCUUUGGGCUCAUGGACUGAGCUUGAUGUGCUAGCCCACGAGCCUAACAUGGGAUGAGGGUUGGGCUUGUUCCAAAAAAAACCACAAAAAACAAGGCUUAGGCUUAGGCCCAUCCCGUAGCAGGCCGAGUUAGUUGGGAUUGUCAUGGGCCUAGACUGAGCUAGACAGUGAACGGGCCCAGCUCAAAGCCAUCUUUACAUAAGGAUUCGAAGGAUAAAAGAGUGGAAUAAGGAUAUGAUAAGAGGGCGGGAUUUAUCCAGUUAUCCUUAUCCAAUUAUCUUAUCCUUUCUAUCCCUAUCCCUAAUAACAGUGGGCUACACUGCAUUCUAUAUAAAUGAACACUACACUCUAAAAUUAUUUAUAUAGAUCUGGGUGCAGCAUACACCCAGGGUCAUUUGUGUCUUUUAGCAUAGUUGAGAGGAGUUUCAUAUCACACGUUUCUAUUUUUCUAAUUAUUAGUCAACCAUUUUAACAAAACACGCUUCUCAAAGCUUCUUGAAGAAUUUUGUCUGAUUUCUGCUAUCUUUCUCUCUCUUCCUAUCUUAUACAUUCUUUCUCUCUUUCCCCCUUUCUUUCUUCCCACCUUUUCCUCUCUUCAUUUUUUUAUGGUUUUUGAUUAAAAAAAAAACCGACUUUGGUGAAGGUGAUAACAAUGGAUCAUAGGCGUCAUCUAGAUCCAUCAUGUAGCACAGGAAGUUUGUUUUGAGAUUGUUGAGAGGACGUUGCCGCCAUUGGUGGCGGUGUUGCUAGCUAGUGUGCUGCUGGAUAUGGGAGAAGCGAUGAGUAUUGGAAGAAAAUCAAACAACUCUAAAACAUACCAAACCAAUCCAAAAAUGGAAGAAAAUCAAACAACACUAGUACGUUUUGGUAUAAUGGGAUGUGCAACAAUAGUUAAAAAAAUGAGUAGAGCCAUGAAGCUAGCCCCAAACUCCACCCUUGACGCCAUUGCUAGCCGUUCACUCGAAAAAGCCGAGGCAUUCGCAACACAAAACGAGCUAUUAGACGAUCAAGGGAAGUUGAUCAAGACAUAUGGAAGCUACAUUGAGUUGCUAGAUGAUGAUGAAGUGGAUGCAAUUUAUAUGCCUUUGCCUACGAGUUUGCACGUUGAAUGGGCUGUUUUGGCUGCUUCUAAGAAGAAGCAUUUGUUACUUGAAAAACCUACUGCCUUGAACUUAGCUCAACUCGACCAAAUAUUAGAAGCUUGUCAAGUUAAUGGGGUGCAAUUUAUGGAUGGAACUAUGUGGCAUCAUCACCCUAGGACAGCUAAAAUGAAGCAGAUCAUCUCUAAUUCGGCCAAUUUCGGACAUAUUCAUACGGUAAUUUAUUCGACAGAGUCUGAUCUAACGAUCCCUUGGCAAGAAAAAACAGCCUCCUUUGUUGUUCUCCAGAUUGGAUCGAAUGUUUCAGAGGAAGUCGUCGUGGAGACUCAGGUUCCGCAAGAAGCUCUCAUGGUACAAGAAUUUGGUCGCCUUGUAAAGGGAAUCAAGAGUUGUGAUAAUAACGUGGGCUGAGAUUAGCAGGAAAACUCAGACGGUUGUAGAUGCAGUUAGGAAAUCUGUUGAUCUUGGUUACAAACCUGUGUGUAUCUGUAGUUACAAAUGCACCAGCUAAGUAGGCCAACUGCUUAAUCAAGUUUUAUUAUCCUUAAAUAAUGUAAUAAAAGAGGGUUGGGCCGGCUCAAAUUUGAAAAUUAAGGCCCAAGCCCAUGAGUCACAAGGGCUGGUC